AUUAGAGAGAGAGAGAGAGAGAGAGAGAGAGAGGACUCCUUUCCUGUGUUGGAGGAAUCGCCAAGACACAGAGACAAGGAGAUGGGAAGAAAUGAACAGUCGGAACGUUGCUGACCAGUUCCGAUGGUUAAAACCAAAACGUCAUUGUCAACGUCAAUUACCCGUCACGCUCUCGGUUAGUUUCCGACGGUAAAUGCCGCAAGGCAUUGUCUUGUCGAGUCGAGUGUCUAUAUAUAUAGUAUAAUACCUGCGAACUCGGUGCCAUCAGCAGCUGGAAUCCCCACGAAGGGUGAAGCAUGAAGCUCUUCGUUUUGAUCUCUUUCCUACUCUUCCUUCUUCUAAAUCCAAGGGUAUUGUCUAAAACUGUGUCCGAUGGCGGACCUGAACGUGCCAGCCUCCCACCUAGAGGUUGGAAUUCCUAUGACUCCUUUUGCUGGACCAUUUCUGAAGAAGAGUUGCUGCAAAGUGCUGAAAUCAUAUCUAAGCGUUUACUCCCUCAUGGAUAUGAGUAUGUUGUGGUGGAUUAUCUUUGGUAUAGGAGAAAGGUCAAAGGUGCUUACACUGAUUCUCUUGGAUUUGAUGUAAUUGAUGAAUGGGGGAGGAUGAUCCCCGAUCCGGAUAGGUGGCCUUCCUCCAAAGGUGGGAAAGGGUUCACUGAAGUAGCCAAGAAGGUGCAUGGCAUGGGUUUGAAGUUUGGAAUUCAUGUUAUGAGUGGAAUAAGUACACAGGCAGUAAAUGCAAACACUCCUAUCUUGGACACAAUCUCGGGAGGUGCUUAUGAAGAGUCUGGCCGGAAGUGGACCGCAAAAGAUAUAGGGAUUAAGGAAAGGGCAUGUGCAUGGAUGCAACACGGUUUCAUGAGUGUAGAUACCAAGUUGGGAGCUGGACGAGCUUUCUUGAGGUCACUCUAUGAACAGUAUGCUGAGUGGGGCAUUGAUUUUGUGAAACAUGACUGUGUAUUUGGUGAUGACUUGGAUAUAAAUGAAAUAAGUGUUGUGUCAGAGGUUCUGAAGCAACUUGACCGCCCCAUAUUGUAUUCAUUGUCUCCUGGAACCAGUGUGACCCCUGCAAUGGCCAAGGAUGUGAACGGGCUUGUCAACAUGUACCGGAUAACUGGGGAUGAUUGGGAUUCAUGGAGAGAUGUUGCAGCACAUUUCGAUGUUACAAGGGACUUCUCUACUGCAAGUAUGAUUGGAGCUAAGGGCCUGCUUGGGAAGUCAUGGCCUGACUUGGAUAUGCUACCACUUGGAUGGCUUACUGAUCCAGGUUCAAAUGAAGGUCCACACAGAAGUUGUAACCUCAACCCAGAUGAGCAAAGAACUCAGGUCACUCUGUGGUCCAUGGCCAAGUCUCCUUUCAUGUUUGGAGGAGAUGUGAGAAAGCUUGAUGAGAGCACAUACAACGCCAUAACAAAUCCUACCCUGUUGGAGAUAAACUGGUUUAGCUCAAACAACAUGGAGUUUCCUUACGUUACUGGCAUGAGGGUUCAUCGUACAGAUGAGAGUCAUUCCUAUCAAUCAAGAAGAUAUGCAAUAGAUGUAAGAACAUCUGAUACACAAGGUUUGGCCCUCACCACCUGCUCAAAUUCGGAAGCAAUUGGCUGGUCUACUGAAGCUCUGGACGAAGAAUUUGAAAAAAUAUGCUGGAAAGAAAAGUUUAAAAGAAAAAAUCAAGCACCGUUUUGCGUGUACAAGGGAGAGCCUCUUUUGGCAUCAGAUGAAAUCAUGACGUACAAACAAAAAUAUCAAGGGAAACUCCGUUUAUUAUCAACUGACAGAAGGGACUUUUGCUUGGGGGCUUCUUCGAAUGAAAGGCUUACUGCAAAGGAAAUCAAGAGAGGUGCAUUUUCACCCUGCAGAUGGGAGACGAACCAGAUGUGGGAGUUGAACCCUAAUGGAACCUUGGUAAAUGGCUAUUCCGGAUUGUGUGCAACAAUGAAGUCUGUUAAAGCUGAAGUCAGCUCAGUUGGAACUCGUUCUUGGAUUGCAACUGGAAGUAGAGGAGAAAUAUAUGUUGCCUUUUUUAAUCUGAACACACGGAAGACAGUAAUAUCUGCAAAGAUAUCGGACCUAGCCAAGGCACUUCCUAGCCAAACCUUGAAUGGAGCUUCCUGCGAGGGCAGAGAAGUAUGGAGUGGAAAAGACAUUGGAUUAACAAAGCAAUCUAUAUCAAUGGCAGUAAACGCCCAUGGCUGUGCCCUAUUUGUCCUAAACUGUCAUUAGCUCAGCAUCAAUCAAAAUAAAAGACCAUGUCGUCUGUGAUGUGUAUCAAAUGCAGCUACACAUAAUGUAUUGUGAUAACAAAUGAAUGAUGGUUCUAUUAAUCCUUA